AUGAUUGAAGUCUCCCAGUAUAAAAUUGGGCGCAUCGGCGUCUCGAUCCAGGCGAUAAGGGGUACCAAACCCAUCAAUGCGCAGAUCUCCAUCCCGGUCCCGGUCAGUAAGCCAUGUUUCCGUAAAGGCGCUCCCAGCCACCCCCACGUGGUGAAGACGGCCUCCAUCGGGACCCUGGGCCGGACGCGGACCCCGAUGAUCGUGACGGUGCCCAACGCCCCGGACGUCCCGGAGACCAGCCGGAUGUUGGAGGACGUGGACAGUGUCCUGGCCUCCCUGACGCCCUCCUCCGCCUCGCGCAGUAACGCCCCCCCUCCUGUGCCUCUCCCGCAGAGCUACGAACCCGACGAGCUGACGGAGGAGAUGGCCCACCUGGAGGGCCUCAUGAAAGACCUGAACGCAAUCACCACCGCGCCCUAG